GACCAGAAUUACRCAAAUACGAUAUUAUAAAAGGUAACAAGCUACAAGUCAAGAAUGGAGUGAAUAUUUCCAGAAGUUCUUAAAUUUGAUCUUGUGGCAGUGGUCGUAUAAUGGAUUCUAGUGACUGUAUUCAUCUAUCAGCAAUAUAGCGGUUGCUACGAUCCGCUCGCAAGACCAGAUGCCGGGGAAACUUCGACGCCAUACGUACGAUCUGGUUGAAGAAACCUUCGAUAGUAAGGUUCCUGUACAUAAUGAAGCUGCUUUUGAGCACGGAAUUAGGUUUAAAGUUAAGUAUAUUGGUACGAAAGAGAUUUCUAAACCAAGUAGCAGAGCUGAAAUCGUUGCCUCGAUGAGAAGAAUUAGGUAUGAUUAUAAACUUCAAGGAAUCAAAAAGCAAAUAGCAAUUAUUGAAAUAGGACUGGAUGGGUUAAAAGUAAUACGRCAAAAACCCAAAGGAAAUAUAUUUCAGAAAAAGAAAAUGAGAGAGUUUGUUGAAGUAGAAUUGUCCAAUUAUCCCAUUCACAAGAUAUUUUAUGUGUCACAUGACUCCCAAGAUCUCCAGAUAUUUAGUUACAUUGCUAAGGAAGAUGAACAUUUCAAGUGCAGUGUGUUCAAAGCUACUAACAAGACAGAAGCAGUUCAUGUUGUAAGGACAGUUGGCCAAGCAUUUGAAGUUUGCCACAAACGAAACUCCACUCAACAAACUGAAUUGCAUUCCAAGUCACCUGCUAGUGCUCCUGAAGAACAAGAUGGUGAGGCAUCAGCAUUCUUGGUGGAUAAACAAAAGCAGAAAGGGGAAAAAGGAGGCCAAGAAGACAAAGUGUUCGAAGAGAAAAAUGUGACAGACAAUAAUAAAAAAACACAGGAAAACAAUACAGACCUGCAAACCACUCUUGAGCAGACGGACUCCAGCAGCAGUUUUGUGGCAGACAACAAGAUCAAUAUUCUUGAAACAAGCAAUGACUCAAUUGGCCUUUCAUUAGAAAAGCUUCGUCAUAUUUAUCAUCUAAAAGUAGCGCAUUACAAACAAGAAGCUGAAGCAGCAACAAUGAAUGUACAUCUACUUUCUGACAAACUUACCGCAGAGACUACUGCAAGAGUAGAAGCUCAGAAACAACUUGAAGCGGUCCUAAAACAAAACAAAGAGCUGAUCUCGACUGUACAGCAGCUCGUAGCACAAGUACACAACUUACACUCUCAACGCCACAACUUCUCUACUCCACACAGUUUACGACUUAGUUCAAAUAGUACAUCUUCAUCUGUCUCUUCAACACCUACAGCAACRCCUAAAAAGAUCCCUCUAAAUAAUCCAUCAGGUUCGUUAAGGAAGAAUCUUGGUGAACCAAGUCUACCUUUCAUCCCUCCGCCUCCCAUAUCACCAAGUCCAGGUCAUUCGCGUCAGAACAGCAAUGACAGUUGGUCUUCAUCUAUUUCUGGUGCUAAACCAGGAACAAGCCUGGAUAAAAGCGAACAUUUCCCGAGUACUUCCGAGCUGGAGCUCGACUCCAAACGCAAUCCACAGCCACAAGAAUUUUUACGAUUUGUUUUCGAUAAUUCCAACAGCUCGGAUUAUUUCUUGGCAUCCGAUGGAAGCAGCGCCACAACAAUCAUAGCCGACAAUAAUAAUCCUUCUGUCACGCAAAAUGGGGUCGAGGCUAUUGAUAGGAAUAAGACGACAUUAGCGGACGUAAAUGCCACGUAAUUAGCGAUAAAGAUCUAGAUUGUACGACCAAUUAAGGACGCUAGCUCAAUCGAUCCGUACUUUUGGCGUCAUUUUGAACCCAAAUGCAACAGGUGUCUUUUACAUCAAAAUCCAAUGAAACGGUUUUCUAUAUCAUGAACAAUUUUAUACAUUUUCAAAGAGAAAAAAAAAAUCAAAAUUAUUAUUGGACCGAAGGCAGUUCAGAGGAAGGAAGUUAAUGAAUGUAUUAUAAGACCUGUACUUUAUGAACUUCUUGAUAUUUUACGUCUCGUUGUCUUCGUCAGACAGACAGUACUUGCCUUUACUUAUAAAAAUAUGCGAUAGAUGGCGUAUAGAACAGAACAGAACAGAACAGAACAGAACAGAACAGAACAGAACAGAACAGAACAGAACAGAACAGAACAGAACAGAACAGAACAGAAUAGAAUAGAAUAGAAACCGAAUAUUUGUCUUGCAGCUGCUUAUGGUAUUUCUCUCUUCUCUAUGUUUUUCUUUCCUUUCUUUACUUUCUUUUUCAGUCUUUUUCCAUAGUCUUUCUUCCCCUUGAACUUCUGGUAUCCAACCAGAAAAGUCUAUAAAACUGAAAUUGUACAGAAGUGAAAUUCAAAGUCUAUUUUUUUAGAUYUUUAGAAUCAAGAAUACUAACGUCGAAUAACACUUUGUAUGUAUUUGUAAUAACGACAGUUCCUUUAUUGAAUAUGAUUUUUUWAAUAUAUAUUUUGUUAAGCUUUUUUGAAAGUAAUUGUAUUAUAUCCUACUGUUUGUAGAUACGAUCAUUUGUAAUAGUCGUCAGAGAUGACAGAGAAUUUAAUGAUAUGCUACGAACAGAAAGCAAAAGCAGAGAACCAGAUUUUAAAAAAAAAAAAAAUUUAUUAUUAACCACAAAUUUAAAGUAAAAUAUAUACUGAAGCACUAAA